UUGAAAAUGGCCGCCACAGAUGCAGCUGAGAUUUCACUGAGAGAAACAAAAACUACGUUCACACUCGAGUAAACUGAACAAAUUCGACCCGAAUGCUGUCAGCAAAUAUUAAACACUCUAUACCGUGGGGUUAAUUUCGUUUGGUGUCAGAAUUAAAGCGUUGUGUAGAGUGUAGCUCGCGCGUGCACGCGUGCGUGUGUGUGUGUUCGGGCUCGAGCGGAACCGGGGAGUCCAAUGGCGGACCCGAGAAAAGUCCCGUUCGUCACCCUCACCUCAUACAGCAACACACCGGCGCCGGAGUCCAAGAAGCGGCGGCUGGAGGACGAGGAGAAUGAGCCGAACCCCUCCGCUGUCGGUUCUGCUUCUGUUGGGCUGUUUGGUGCCGCGAAACCAGCAACGGAACCCGGUGAACCCAAACCAACCGUCCGACUGAACCUGAGCCUGUCCGAACCUAGCGAACAGAAAUCUGCAGAGUUCAACUACAGCGAGCUCAUUCACACCAACUUGCUGGCGAGGAAAGUUCCUCACGGGCUCACACCUGCUCUGGACCCAAGUGACCCGUUUGCAGAUGAAGAUAAAGAGAGACAGGAAGUUGAAGCUCUGGCGAGGAAAUUUGAGAGCAAAUAUGGAAAUGGUGGAAAGAAGAAAAGAAGGGACAGGAUGCAGGAUCUCAUCGAUAUCGGUUACGGCUAUGAUGAAACUGAUCCAUUCAUCGACAACUCGGAGGCUUAUGAUGAGCUCGUUCCUGCAUCUCUGACCACUAAACUGGGCGGUUUCUACAUCAACACCGGUACACUGCAGUUCAGAGCCGCUUCUGAAUCCGAGGGAGAAGAUGGAGGAAAAGACUCCAACCAUAUAAGGAAAGAUGGAGAGGAACGAGUGAUUAAGAGAAGGAAGAAGAAGCCGGGUGGAGGUCUAGAGGAGAAAAAAACCAGGAAAUUCAAAGUACCAAAGCCAGGAGUUUCGUCUCUGAACCGUCCGGAAAAGAAGAAGAGGAAGAAGCUGAUGAAGGAUUCGCUCUCUCUAGCAGCCAUGAUCCGCCGGUUCACACGUGAGAAAGAGGAGAUGAGAAAGAAGAACCCGACGAAUGCCGUGAAACUCGCACGCACUCAAACUAACGCUGUCACCCCCGGCAACGACCUGUCCAUGGCUGACCUGACCUCUGACCCGGCGGUGAUGUCACUGCUGGGUGGGGCCACAGAGAACGAUAUGCUGCAGGAGUUGAUGGGAGAUCUGGACUUUGGGUUGCUGGACUCUCCUCAACCGUCCAGUCCUGGACAGAGCGAGAACGGGUCCGUGGCGGCGGCUCAGAAAGCGGGGGGUGUGGGCAGAGUGCAGAAGACUGGGUUGAUGCCCCCUCCACCCCUUCCCACCAGCCUACCUGCCCCCCUCCUUAAACGCAUUGAGGACCUGCAGGUGGCGUCUCGUCAGUUUGAUGUUGAGGGCAGGAAGAAGUUCUUCACGCUGGACAUGAACAACAUCCUGCUAGAUAUCGAGCUGCAGGUGCAGGAGCAGCCGGCGUCGAUGCGUUCUGCUGUUUACUCUCAUCUGGAGGCGUUUGUUCCAUGUAAUAAAGAAGCUCUACUGAAGCGUCUGAAGAAACUCAGUCUGAACAUUCAGGAUGACAGACUGAAGGCGCCGCUGCUCAAACUCAAACUGGCCGUCUGUAGCGUCAUGCCAGAGCAGAUUGCACGCUACAACAUGGACUGCAUGGCCAAAGUAGCCAAGCAGCAGUCUGAGGACGGCGAGAGAAAUGGCUCAGAGGAGGAAGAUGAGGAGAAGCCUGGACGAAGAGUGAUGGGACCCAGGAAGAAAUUUGUGUGGGACGACAAACUCAGGACUCUGCUGUGUAAUCUAGUGCGUGUGAAGUUGGGCUGUUAUGAGCUGGAGGGUCAAAGUUCACUCUCACCUGAAGAUUACCUGAAGGUCUUCAUGGAGACGGAGGUCAAGCCGCUCUGGCCCAAAGGCUGGAUGCAGGCCAGGAUGUUGUUUAAAGAGAGCCGUAUGGUUCACGGUCAUCUCACUGGAAACACCGUGAAGAAAAGGGUGUUACCUACUCCAAAAGCUAAACCCAAACCUCUGGAUAGUGGUGUGCUCCAGCGACCGGCUGUCUCUAUCGAUGACACACCUCCUCCUACAUCUGUCCCACAGCGUGUCCCUUCCCCUCCUGAGCCCAUCUGUCUUUCGGACUCUCUUGAUGAGGAUCUGACCCCUCCAUCACUGGACUCCAUUUCUCAGGCUCUAGCAAUGCUCAGCAGUGCUGCUAAAGGUCUGGUUCAGUCUGACAGCCCCCCGGCCACAGACACGCCCAAACCAACCGCUCCGUCGUCAAUGCACGUGUCUCCACACCUACCGAAAAAAACCUCCCUGCCCCCUCCUCCAAGGAUCAUCUCAUCCUCUGCAUCUCCGUCCGUCCGCAGUGAGGGCGUACUAUCGCAAACACGGAGACAUUCGGUUAUUCCCGCCCAACGACCUGCCAUGAUCGCAGGUGUUAAGUCAGGUGUGUCUGCCGUGCCCUCUCCCCCAAAACCACGCCCACCACCAACCGCUUCGCCUCUUCACGCCCCUCAGAAGAUUUUGGCAGGCAAAACUGUCGUGGCCAUGCCAACGGGUCUCAUUAAAACCAGCAAUAAUGCCAGUGGUCGAAUGAGCAGUUUGGAUACCGUUAGCUCAUCGCCACAGUCGCGGACGCACACCAUUCUGACCUCUUCCUCGCCUUCAGUCUUAAACGUUAAAACCGUCCAGCCUUUCCAUCUGACCUCACCGUCACAAGCCAAAAACCCGCCUCGUGACUCGCCAUCACCCUCGCAACCUAAACCAAUCCAGCACCAGCCUGGAUUCAUCACGCCCAUGCAGGCCACCAUUACCAAGUCGCCCCACAACGCCAACUCGCCCAUCAUCAAACUCACGCCCACUGCGACUCCUGUGCCAAGACCGCCCACGUUACCAAGCAUGCACCAGCACACCGCCAAGAGCCCAGGGUUCCACGCAGGGGGAUUCUCGGGGGGCAGUUAUAGCUCCCCCGUGGGGCGGAAGAAUUCAUCUCAGGGCAACAACAUCUCCGGCCUCACCACGACAACCUCAUCUGUUAGCAAGCAACCGGCGACCAGCGCAUCACCAGUGACAGGGACGGCCAAUCACAACCAGCGAAACAGACAAGUGGGAGGGGCCAGUCAAGGGGUGAAGACAAUCACGUCAGUUUCCACGGCAACCGCUUCUCAGCUUGCACAGGUAUCGUCCUCCAGUGCUUUGCUUGGAUCAGCAAGUCCUUCUCUGCCUCUUGGUUUUGGGAUAUUGGGAGGACUGGUUCCUGUCUCUCUCCCGUUCCAGUUUCCAAACUUGCUGAACCUUCCCCCAUCUGUAGUGUCCACUACGGCCACCAGCGGCUCAACUAACCCCAGCAGCUCAGGCUUCAACCUGACUCAGAAUUUGUUAAAGGGUCUCAUGUCAGGGGCUCAGGCUGCUCUGCCGCCACACUUGCAGCUGGCUUUCUCAGAUGUCAAUCAAACCCAAGGCGGGGAUUUGAAGAGGAAGCCAUUGUGACAUCAUAGAACUAGAGUGAGCUGAACUCUUGACUGCUGGCUGAUCCAGGACUGACUCCGCCCACUUAUGCAUGAUCUGCUGGCUGUCCAAUGAGACAGAAUUUUUUUAUACACAUUUGAAUGAUGAUACUUCAUUUGUACAUAUGUAUCAAUGUUUACACAGACUGACCUGAAUCACUGUGGACAGGGAGGGCGUGUGUGUUUGUGUGUGUUUGCAUGUUUAUUAGCGCGCAGCUUCUGUAAAUGCUAGUUUUUUAAAUGCAUUGGCAGUUUGAAUAAGAAUUAAUGAAUGAAUGAACAAAUGAAUCCCUCCCUCUCUCCUGCAUAGGUCAUUGUUGUCUCUGGUGCUGUUCAAGAAUUAAGAUGCCCCCUUUAAAAUAAAAAUAAACUGAACCAAAUGUAAAGGGGCAGGAGGCUAAAAAUUUUAAUAUACUUGAAUUUUCAGGAUUUGUUUACAUGCACUUCAGGACACAAAUUAAAUAAAAAUUCAGAAGCCUUAAUGAAAACACUGUGAAAAUUAUUUUACUUUAAUGUCUAUUUCUCCUGGUAGAAAUUGGUUGUAGAUAAAAGAUGCAUAUUCAUGACCCUGAUAGCACACGUACACCACCCUUAUGUCUAUUUUAUGUGCGUUUACAAGUAGAAUACAUUUUUUUUUAGGUUGUUUGCUCAUCUGCAAUAUGCAGUGUUGGGUGUAUCUGAUUACUAAGUAAUUACUGUAAUCUAAUUUUAGUUGAAGAAAAAAUUAAUUACAUUUUAAAUUAUUGUAAUCAGAUUAGUUACUGAUUUUCAAUUAAAGUAUUUACUUUUAAGUACAUUACUUGCGCUCAAGUAGUAUGUAUAAUACAUUUUAAAUUGAACUCACAUGUGGGUCUUUUAGAGUUUGUGACAAUGAAUGAGGAAAAUAGACAUUUUGAAUGAGCAGAAAACCAAAAAUUUUUCUAAGAAAAGUUAUUUUGAAUGUAACUUAAAAGUAAAACAAUUAUUGUGAUUUCUGAUUAUAUUAUUAUUAUUAUUACCCAACCACUGUCAAUAUGAUACAAGACGUUUACUCUCGGAUGUUUUGAGACAUUAAAGUUGCUGUAAGUAAUUUUUUUUUAUGGAAAGGUAUGCAACAAAAAAUUCUACUCUCUGAAAUAACACAAAUAAGUGUGAGAUAUCUCACCGGUCUCUGUGACAGCUUUAGACUUUGUAAACAGCAAACAAAAAAAGUGACUGCGGUCUCUUACGCUUUCUGCCUGUCAAUCAUUUUGCACGUUCUCAGUGUUGUAGCUGGGAACAUGCUUAGUGUCGGUUUCAAUGGUAUCAGUGCGGUGUUUUGGAAAGAGGGGGUGUGGCUAAAUCAACGGCUCAGUCUCAUGGAAGUAGAACAGCUAAAAUCGCUCACAGCACCUUUAAGAAAUUAGAAUAUUUUUAAAAUCUGAUCUUUUUAAGAUGUUUAGCAUGUGUUAAUUAGAACGCAAUGCCUUCUAUUUUAAACGCUCUUAGACAUCGAAACGCCCCUAAACUGACAUUGAAACGCUCAAACUGUUGAAACGUCCUUAGACAACGAAACGCUCUUGAACAGACAAUGAAAUGCCCUUAGACAUUGAACCGCACUUAGGCAGACAUUGAGACGCUCUUAAACAGACACUGAAACGCCCUUAGACUUCGAAACGCUCUUAAACAGACAUCGCAACGCUCUUGAACAGACAACGAAACGCCCUUAGACAAUGAAAUGCUCUAAAACAGACAUUGAACCGCAUUUAGGCAGACAUUGAAACACUCUUAAACAGACACUGAAACGCCCUUAAACAUCGAAACGCCCUUAAACAGACACUGAAACGCCCUUAGACAUUGAAACGCCCUUAAACAGACAAUGAGACGCUCUUAAACCGGCAAUGAAACGCCCUUAAACAUCGAAACGCCCUUAAACCGACAAUGAAACGCCCUUAGACAUUGAAACGCCCCUAAACUGACAUUGAAACACAAACUGUUGAAACGCCCUUAAACAGACAUCGAGACGCCCUUAAACAGACAUCGAGAUGCCCUUAAACAGACAAUGAAACGCCCUUUAAACAGACAAUAAGACGCCCUUAGACAUUGAAACGCCUCUAAACUGACAUUUAAACGCUCAAACUGUUGAAACGUCCUUUAAGACAUCAAGACGCCCUUAAACAGACAUCGAGACGCCCUUAAACAGACAAUGAAAUGCUCUAAAACAGACACUGAAACGCCCCUAAACUGACAUUGAAACGCUCAAACUGUUGAAAC